AUGGGUGUGAUCAGCCAAGAAUCGGUUUUAUUCAACGAGACAAAUCGGGCCAACACAGCUUAUGGAAAGGAUAGAGAUGCAGCCGAGCAAGAAAUACUCGCCGCAUCAGAAUUAGCACACGCCCACGUGUUCAUUAGUGGAUUGCAACAGUUAAAAGCCAUAAAAAGAUUUCUGCUUAACAAGGCUACGAGUGUGCUAGAUACAGAAUCUGAGAAGACGGUUCAAGAGACAUUGGACCGCGUCAUGGUGCACCGAACCACACGCGUGGUGGCUCAUAGGUUAUCCACAAUCAAGAUUGCAGAUGUGAUCGUGGUAAUUAAAAGCGGAGUUAUUGCUGAGCAAGGAAAGCACAAGACUUUGAUCUACAUCAAGGAUGGUCUCUAUGGAUCCGUGGUUGCCCUACACACUAGUGGCAGUCCCGCACAGCUCAUUAGGCUUAAAGUUUGUUGA